AUGUCUUUUGUUCAAGAUUUCAAACCAAUUGCACUAGCUGACACUAAGCUUUUCAAGCCAAUCAAAAUUGGUAACAAUGAAUUGGCACACCGUGUGGUUAUGCCACCUUUGACCAGAAUGAGAGCUACUCAUCCAGGCAAUGUUCCUAACAAGGACUGGGCUGUUGAGUACUAUGACCAACGUUCUAAAAGACCUGGAACUUUGAUAAUCACUGAGGGUGCUUUCCCAUCAGCACAAAGUGGUGGUUACGACAAUGUACCAGGUAUCUGGUCUCCAGCACAACUUGAACAAUGGAAAAAGAUCUUCGCCAAGAUUCACGAGAACAAGUCUUUUGUCUGGGUUCAACUUUGGGUUUUAGGAAGACAAUCUUUUGCUGAUACGUUGGCAAGAGAUGGCCUUCGUUAUGAUUCUGCUUCCGAUGGAGUUUACAUGGACGAAGAGCAACGUGAAAGAGCUGUGAAGAGCAAUAACCCACAACAUGGUUUGACCAAGGCUGAAAUUAAACAGUACAUUAGCGAAUACGUCGAUGCCGCCAAGAAGUCCAUUGAAGCAGGUGCCGAUGGUGUGGAAAUUCACAGUGCCAACGGUUACCUAUUAAACCAAUUCUUGGACCCUAUUUCCAACAAGAGAACCGAUGAAUAUGGUGGAUCUAUCGAGAACAGAGCUCGUUUCGUGCUGGAAGUUGUCGAUGCUGUCACCGAGGCUAUCGGUUGCGACAAAGUUGGUAUCAGAUUAUCUCCAUAUGGUACUUUCGGUACUAUGUCUGGUGGUUCUGAGCCAUUGAUCGUUGCUCAAUUUGCCUAUGUAUUGGGUGAAUUGGAAAAGAGAGGAAAGGCUGGGAAACGUCUAUCAUUCGUUCACCUUGUCGAACCUCGUGUGACAAAUCCAUUCUACACUGAAGGCCAAGGUGAGUACACCGAAGGCACCAAUGACUUUGCAUACUCUGUCUGGAAAGGUCCAAUCAUCAGAGCUGGUAACUUGGCUCUACACCCAGAAGUUGUUAAGAAAAUGGUCGAAGACGACAGAACUCUGAUAGGUUACGGUAGAUUUUUUAUCUCAAAUCCCGAUAUCGUCGACCGUGUGGAAAAAGGUUUGCCAUUGAACAAGUACAACAGAGAUACUUUUUACGCCAUGACAGCUAAUGGUUACCUUGACUACCCAACUUAUGAUGAGGCAGUUAAGCUUGGUUACAAAUAG